UGUAGGGUGGGGCGGGGCAAGAUGGGUCACCUAAGGAUGCAUCACCAUAACUUUGUAAAUACAAAUCGUAUUGGUUUGUAUUCGUCCGCUACUCUUCAAUACACUAGUUAGCUAUGCUAAAGGUCGAUAAAAAGAUCAUUAAAUACAAAAUAUGAUGUUAAACAGGCAGUUUUAGAAAGUGAUCGAUUUUGCGCCGUGAAAAAAGGGCGGGGUAAGAUGGGUCACCUUUUAGGUAAUUCACAUUUUCUCAACGAAAAACGUCAAAAUAUAAGAUUUGUUCCGCAUUCAUAUAUGCUCCAUAUCCAUACUGAGUAAACAAGAGCUACUACCGUGUAUGCACCAAACUUUGCGCAGUUAAGAAAAAUCAAAUUUCUAGUCGUUAUAAAAAAUACGAACAAACAAAAUAUAUCAUGAACAGCAUGCUCAUACGAUAGACUUAUGAUCCUUCUUUUAGUCUGCAAUAUAAAAAAAAUCAUAAUAUUAACCAAAAAAUACUUAAAGCAUGAGCAUGAGCAUGAGCAUGAGAUGACCGUACAAUUCGUAGUUGCUACUCCGUUACUGACCAGAACAGUCAACAUUGCACAGGGAACCAAAUGGAUGGGGCCUGGGUGUAGCUUUCCAUCCUCAAUGUGCAAUUUUGAAGGUUCAAAACUUUAAAUUGUCAGUACCGGCGCCGGCCACGUCCUUACGGUCAUCGGGGAAGGGAAGGAAUGUUGGUGUGACAUCCGUUGCUACUAGAGACCAUGUGUACCUCCGCAUCCCCACGGUUGUCACAGGAAGGAAGUUUGUUAGUGGGAAGGGAAGGGAUAGAAAGUUACAUAGAUCUGGAUUCACAUUGGUAAGUGAUGUGAGCUAUGCAACCCUUGAUAUGAUUUAGUUUUCCGCCAGCCGGCUGUCGGAAAAAUACAAUAAUUUUAUUGUAUGUUUGUGUAUUAAAUUUAAUUAUCACCCCUGUUAUGGCAACACUGAAAACCCUCUCUCGCCUACCGAACCUGGAGCUCAAGCUUUAGGUGACACUUCUCGUGAGUGACGUGGAUAUCUGUCAUCAGAUUGUCAUCGGGGUGAAAAAGCAUAGUCACUGCGACAGACUAACAGCGUGUUUGAUGUUCGUUCCGCAAAAUUAUAAUUCCAUGAAAUUCGUUCCUUAGAUGUACCUAUAAUUACCUUAUUGCUAAAUUUCUUCUACACUACGUUGAGAAUUCGUGAAUUGAUUAUAACAAAGUGAAUUUAUAAUACCGAUGAGCAGUUAAAUUUUGGGUUUAACGAUAAUAGCGCUUCAUUGAAUUGGCAGAACGGCUAAGCUAGCUGACGAUUGCGUAUCGGUAAUAAGCUAGAGCCAGGUAAGACGGCAGAGAUUCGUCAAGAUUCGUUCUCUAAACUAUGUUAUUAUAGAUUUCUCCCACGAGUAAAGCGCUAACGAAGGCCCUCUAAAAUUGAGAGGAACGGUCAAAGACCAUGUAAGCAAUAAUACUAAUUCCAAUCUAUUAUUAAAAUUCUAAUGAUUAAAUACAUUUGCAGCUUUAAGCUGGCGUUGAGUAACUCCGCUGCUAGAAGACUUUCACCAAUCCGAACAAUUACUUAAAGAUGUAAGAAGACCCGAACGCGAAGAAGAACUGGAGGACCAGGGCCCGUAUUUCGGUCAAGAAUCGCCGAGCUUCGCUGGUUCAGUGGCAAGAAGUGUAACGAGAGAAGUAGGGCCCACAGCCGAGCAGCUAUCGGCGCGACAGAUAUGGCCAAAGAAGUUACCGAGUUUUUCUGGAGACCCGGAAGACUGGCCGCUAUUCUAUAGCAGUUUUGAGACGGGAAACACGGCUUGUGGGUUUUCAAACAUCGAAAACCUGAUUCGACUACGAGAAUGCCUUCAUGGUCCGGCUCGAGAAGCAGUCCUGACGAAGCUUAUGUUCCCUCACAGUGUCCCUUCGAUCAUGGAAACAUUACGCCGUUUAUAUGGAAGGCCAGAGCUACUAGUGAAAAAUCUCUUACAGAAAGUGCGACGUUUGGAGACGCCUAAACCGGAGAGGCUUGACACUUUGAUGGCCUUCGGGAUGGCCGUUAAUCAGCUGUGCGACCAUCUAGAAGCAGCUAACCUGCAAGGACACUUGUUCAACCCCACACUCCUCGAAGAACUAGUGGAGAAAUUGCCGGCCACUGUGAAGCUAGAAUGGGUUCGGUUCAAGAGGUUGUUUAGGCACCCAUCGCUCAAAGAGUUCGGCGAAUUCAUGGAGACAUUGGUAGCCGACGCUAGCGAAGUUACCACUCUAGUUCAACCAAAACAAGGACCCUCGAAAUCGGACAAACAGCCACGGCGGGAGAAGGGGCAAAUCUACACUCACGCUUCCACCGCCAAGGAUAAGGACAGUUCUGAGAGACAACCUUGUCCAAUAUGCGCCGGAACUGACCAUAGGGUUCGGAAUUGCGACAAAUUUCAGCAAAUGGACGUAGACAACCGGGCUAAGGCGGUCGAACGAUGGAAGCUAUGCAACGUGUGUCUCUAUGAUCAUGGCAAAUGGAGAUGCCGUUCAAAAAUCCGUUGUGACGUGAAUGACUGCCAAGGACGACACCAUCCGUUACUGCACAGAUCGAUCACCCUAUCGCAGGGUGUCGUACAAAUUCACGAACGAUCGAAAAAAUCAGUGCUCUUCAGGAUCAUACCGCUAACGCUGCAUCACGGUUCUCGCAGUUGCAAUACGUAUGCAUUUCUGGAUGAAGGCUCUAAUAUGACACUGGUGGAAGACAGCUUGACUCAUCAGCUAGGAAUUGAAGGCGUACCGGAACCCCUGGAGUUGAAAUGGACAUCGGACAUCGGACGAGUGGAGUACGCUUCACAACGUACAGACAUAGUCGUCACCGGCGAGGGGCAAACAAGCUGUUACCGUUUAAAUUCAGCCCACACCGUUGGCUCUCUCAAUCUACCGCGUCAGAGUCUGUCGAUAGAGAAUCUGCAUGAACGAUAUCCCUACCUGCGCGAUGUCCCAGUGGCUUCGUACGAAAAGGCUGUUCCACGGGUACUGAUUGGACUCGAUAAUAUUGAGCUGUUCUCGCCUCUAGAAUGUCGAACAGGUGGAUCUGGCGAGCCAAUAGCAGUUAGAUGCCUUCUUGGCUGGACAAUCUACGGACCGGUCUCGACCGGUUCUGUUAUUCCUGGAAUCGUCAGCGUUCAUAGAUGUGGCUGUGAUGGUGACCAAGAAUUGAACGAUUUGGUUCGAAAGCAAUAUGAGCUCGAGGAAGCAGGGAUUUCGUCUUUUCCUUUGCUAGAACCUGCGGAGGAAAGGCGCGCUCGAAAAAUGCUGGAGAGCACCACGGUGAAAGUCGACGGGCGAUAUGAAACUGGACUGUUGUGGAAGUCGGACAACACACAAUUGCCAGAUAGUCGUUCGAUGGCUUUGUCCAGAAUGCGAAGUUUGGAGAUCAAAUUGGCGAAAAACCCUGAGUUGCGCUCGAACGUACACAACCAAAUUAAUGAGUACAUCCGCAAAGGGUAUGCUCAUAAGGCCACAGAAGAAGAGCUUGCUGCAAUGAAUAAACAUCAAGUUUGGUAUCUACCAUUGAAUGUGGUAUCCCACCCUAAGAAGCCCGGGAAGAAACGACUAGUUUGGGAUGCUGCCGCUUGUGUGAAUGGUAUCUCACUCAAUUCCCAACUUCUGAAAGGCCCGGACCAACUCGUUACGCUUCCCUCGAUUAUCUGUAAAUUUCGAGAACGCAGCAUUGGAUUCGGAGGGGAUGUGCGAGAAAUGUUUCAUCAGCUAAGAAUGAGACAAUCCGAUAAGCGCUUUCAGCUGUUCCUCUUCAGAUUUGACAACAGCAAACCCCCCGACGUGUACGUGAUGGACGUUGCGACGUUUGGGGCAACGUGCUCCCCUUGCUCUGCGAUGUACGUAAUGAGGUUGAACGCGGAUACCUGCAAGGAAGAAUUUCCGGAUGCUAGUGCGGCCAUAAAAGAAAAGACCUAUAUGGAUGACUACUAUGAUAGCCUCGACACACCACAGGAAGCAGGGAUACGAGCUAUACAAGUGAGGGAAAUUCAUGCACGUGCUGGCUUUGAAAUGAGGAAUUGGGUUAGCAAUAGCCCCAAAGUCCUCGGAAUGUUGGGAGAGGAAGACGCGAAGAAAUCACUGCAAAUCGCCACGGAUACGCAGAUGUCAGAAAGAGUGCUUGGCAUGACCUGGGAGCCAACAGAAGACGUGUUCUUGUUUUCUAUUGAUUUGCACGAGAGCUUGAUAGAUUACAUACAAGGCAGCCGACGUCCGACGAAAAGAGCAACUUUGCGGUGCAUUAUGAGCUUUUUCGAUCCUCUUGGGCUUUUGUCGCCCUAUCUGAUCCAUGGCAAGAUUAUCAUGCAGGAUCUGUGGCGUGCUGGUACGGAUUGGGAUGAAGAGAUAGGAGACGAUUUGUUUUCUAAAUGGUGUGAAUGGACCAAACUUCUUUCCAAAUUGAACUGCGUGAAGGUACCCCGAUGCUAUUUUGGGCAUGUACGGCCCGAGGACCUGUCGGAUUUGCAAUUGCACGUCUUCACAGACGCCAGUGAGCAGGCCUACGGAUGUGCUGCGUAUUUGCGAUCCGUUUCAGAAGGAAAAGUGCGAUGCACAUUGGUGAUGGCCAGGAGCAAGGUAGCACCGCUCAAGGCCAUGUCGAUCCCUCGAAUGGAACUACAAGCGGCGGUUCUUGGAUCGAGGCUUAUGGAUAGUAAUGUUGGCCGACGAAGGAUACUGGACUCUCAAGAACAGAAGAAGAAUUAA